AUGACGGCCGACGCUGUCAAGGAUGAACACCACGACAAAGCGUGGGAGAAAGCUGAGCGGAAAUUCUCACAUAAAACCGCAAGCGAAUACUAUGACCCCUGCCAGGACUUUGCGGACCGGAGUCUUAGGUGUAUGAAGCGUAAUGGCUUUGAUCGUGAGAUGUGCGGCGAUUACUUUCAGUAA